GAAAAAAAAAAAAAGGUAACUACAUUGCCAUCCAUCCAUGCCAAGUCUCGCUAUCCCCUCAAUAAUAUAUCCAACCCUAGAUUUUUGCCGCCAUCGCCGCCGCCGCCGCCGCCAUGAACGACGACGGAUUUCCGGCUGAGAGAUUGUUCAACCAAGGCUACUCCUACACUUACGAUGAUGUCAUCUUUCUCCCUGGCUACAUCGACUUCCCCGCCGACGACGUCAACCUCUCCACUAAGCUCAGCCGCAACAUCCCCCUCUCCAUCCCCUGCGUCGCUUCUCCUAUGGACACCGUCACCGAGACCUCCAUGGCCGUUGCCAUGGCGGCGCUCGGCGGAAUAGGUAUCGUUCACUACAACAACACUAUCUCUCAACAAGCAUCCAUCAUCCGUGCUGCCAAAUCUCAUAAAAUCCCUUUCUCCGCCGACUUAAUCUUCGCUUCUCCCUCGGAUUCAAUCCAUUCAGCCGAUGAAUUCGCUAACUCCCCUUGCAUUUUCGUAACCGAGUCAGGGAACAAACAAUCCAAACUGUUAGGAUACGUGUCCAUGAGUGAUUGGGAGAACUUGAGCAAUAAGGAAGCUAGAAUUUCUACUUACAUGAACACUUCUCCCGUUACUCUGCCUUCGAGUUAUAAUUUCAAUGACGUGGCAGGCUACAUGGCAUCUAAAAAUCUGGACUUUGUUGCAUUAGUAAACGAGGAGGAGGAAAACGGGGAAGUAGUCAAUUUAGUCACGAGUGCUGACAUGGAGAGAAUAAAGGGACUUCCGAAAUUGGGUUUGCCAUCUUUAGGGGAAGACGGGAAGUUUUUACUGGGGGCAGCGGUGGGGACGAGGGAAUCAGAUAAAGAGAGGCUGGAGCAUUUAGUGAAAGAAGGGAUUAAUGCUGUGGUGAUUGAUAGCUCGCAAGGGAAUUCGCUGUACCAGAUUAAUAUGAUCAAGCAUGUGAAACAUACUUACCCUCACUUGGAUGUGAUUGGUGGAAAUGUAGUCACUAAUUACCAAGCUGAGAACUUAAUUAAGCAGGGUGUUGAUGGAUUGAGGGUUGGUAUGGGAUCUGGGUCCAUCUGUACCACUCAAGAAGUUUGCGCUGUGGGUCGCGGUCAGGCAACUGCUGUUUACAAGGUGUCAUCAAUUGCUGAGCAGCAUGGUAUCCCUGUGAUUGCUGAUGGUGGGAUUUCAAAUUCUGGCCAUAUCGUGAAGGCAUUGUCCCUUGGAGCAUCAACUGUCAUGAUGGGAAGCUUCCUGGCGGGUAGUAAUGAAGCUCCUGGCACAUAUGAAUAUAAGAAUGGUCUGCGUGUGAAAAAAUAUCGAGGUAUGGGAUCCCUGGAAGCAAUGACAAAAGGGAGUGAUGCAAGAUACUUGGGUGAUACUGCUAAACUAAAGAUUGCUCAGGGAGUUGUUGGUUCAGUUGCUGAUAAAGGUUCUAUUCUGAAGUUCAUUCCCUAUACAAUGCAAGCUGUAAAGCAAGGAUUCCAGGAUCUAGGUGCUUCGUCCUUGCAAUCGGCUCAUCAUCUUUUAAGAUCAGGCAAAUUGAGGCUAGAGGUCCGAACAGGAGCCGCACAAGUUGAAGGAGGGGUUCAUGGUCUCGUCGGUUAUGAUAAGAGAUACUUCUGAUUUAACUUUAUUGGAGAGUAAUGUAAGCAGUUACGCUUGAUCCACAAAUUUCUUGUUGUUAAACUUUACAAAACCUUAGCUGUGGUUGGCAGUCUAGUCAAAUUUUGGGAAUGUAUGCUCCAAGUUUCUCUCUCUAUUUAUCAGUAACUAUUGCCAUA